UUUGCGCACCGCCUCUCUCACACGAGGAAGAUGGCUGCGGCCGUGGUGAAGGUGUGCGUGUUUCGGCUGAGGGUUGCAGCGGGCUGCAGUGGGAGGUUGUUUGGGGAGAAUGUGGGACUACCCUGUCGAAGAUUUUCUAGUGGUCGGAGGACUCUGCAUGCUGCCUCUGUGGGAGCGGUGGCCCGUCUGCGGCCCCUGCACGUGCUGUUAGCCACUGGCAGUGGCUACCUGGGCUACUCCCAGUAUGGAUGGUACAAGGACAGAGAGCUGGAGAGACAGGGGAUCGAGGUUCCUCCACACGUGGCUCAUGAAGUGCAGGUUGGGGAAACUGUUUAGUGGUUUUUCUGCCAAGCACCAGGGGCACGGUCUCUUCCAUGUAAAAACAAAUCCUCGCCCAGGAUUCACAGAAACAGGCGGUUUAAUACCUGCUGUAGAAAGUCACUCGCAGGUCAACACAUGCCUUCUGCAGAGUGUGGGAGGAAUACUGCGGCAGUGUGCAGCACCACUGCAGCUUAGUCCUUGAACAUGCAACAUACGCAAACGGCAAACAACAUCACUGCCCCUGAUGCAGAAACUGCUGCACAUGUGCGAGGAUAGAUUGCUUUUGCUGUACCCCAACUUUACAAUAUUGCAAUUCUCACAUUUGAUUUUGUAUUACCCAUAGUGUGUAUAAACAGAAAUGUCUGAUAAACAGUGCUUUUAUUAUACUGUACCCAGGCAAUAUAUCACACCAAGCACAACAUAACCCCUAUAUCCUUUAUGAAAAUACCAUUCCAAAAAUAUUCAAGAGCUUUAGUGAACGGUUACAAAA